AUGAUUGAAAGAUUUGAAGAGAAAGCUUUCGUAGGAUGGAUGAAAGAAACUGGAAACAUAUUCACUGGUGAUGAAUAUCAUUUCAGGCUUGGAAUAUGGCUUUCAAAUAAGAGAUAUGUUCAAGAAAAAAACAGAGUAAACUUGGGAUUUACAUUGGCACUCAAUAGAUUUGCGCAUUUAACAGAAAAUGAAUAUAGAUCUAUGUUAGGUUACAAAUAUGGUCAUAAAUCUUAUCCAAUAACCAAAAAUAUUAAAAAUGAUGUUCCUACAGAAAUAGAUUGGAGAGAGCAAGGAAUUGUCAACAAAAUUAAAAAUCAAGGUGCUUGUGGUUCAUGUUGGGCAUUUUCUGCGAUUCAAGUAAUUGAAUCACAAGUCGCAAAAAACCAAAAACAAUUAUAUGAUCUUUCUGAACAGAAUUUAUUAGAUUGCGUAACAUCAUGCUUUGGAUGUGGAGGUGGAUGGUCCCCUGGAGCCUUAGAAUAUGUUUAUGAAAAACAAAAUUCUAAAUUCAUGCUCACAACUGAUUAUCCAUAUACUGCUGUCCAAGGGACUUGCAAGUAUGAUAAUAAGAAAGCUAAAUACUUUGGAAUGCUGGAAUUAGCCGGUGUUUCAAGGAAAUCUGAAACCGAACUUGCAAAAGCUGUAGCUACAUAUGGCCCUGCUAUGAUCAGCAUUGAUGCUUCUCAACACUCCUUCAUGUUAUAUAAAGAAGGAAUCUACGAUGAGCCAAAAUGCUCAGAAGAAGAUCUUGACCACGCCGUUGGUUGCGUUGGUUACGGUGUUGAAGGAGAGAAAGACUACUGGAUUGUCAGGAAUUCUUGGGGUGAAGUUUGGGGAGAAAAAGGUUACGUUAGAAUGAUCAGAAAUAAGAAUAAUCAGUGUGGAGUUGCAACAGAAGCAUAUAAUGUUUUCGUCAACUAA